UUAUUUUGCAGAAACACUGAGACGGUCACUCUCGGUAAAUAAGCCGCAAGAAAAUAAAUUUCCAACUUUACAAUUUAAUUUCGGAUUGAAAUGCCUGAACCAGUUGAAAGCUCAGAGGUGAAGUCACCAUCAUAUGACUUGUCCAAGUUCCGGCUAAAGCGGAUUCUUACUAACAACAGUGUUAGAAAAAGUAUUUCUCUUCUUGGCACUUUUCCCGACCUAUCUGAAACUGACGAUGCCAUUGUUGUUUUUGAGAAAAAUGCUUACCGGGAAAGCGAUGUGGCCACGGGUGCGCCAUCUGAAGAGCCUCCAAAGAAGCCAAGUUAUUUCAACGCGGAUCUGAAGGUGGACACCGAAUUUGUGAAUAAUAUUUACGGAAGUUUUCAGGUCGUGCCCAGUCGAGAUCUUUGCGGUGUCAAAAGCACAGUCAUUUAUCCCGCCACCGACAAACACAUCGAGAAAUAUUCCGUAUGCCAGAAGUAUCUUAUUCGGGAGACUCCUGAUCUCUACCAGAAGAUAACGCUUCCGUAUCUCACCUCCAGCCAGUUCUCCCUGGAGUGGGUCUACAACAUACUAGAGCACAAGCAGGAAAAGGAACGCAUUGUGUUCGAGGACAAGGACCCGGAGACUGGCUUUAUCCUGCUGCCCGACCUCAAGUGGGACGGGCGCAAUGUGGAAACCCUCUACCUGCUAGGCAUUGUCCGCAAGCAUGACAUAAAAUCGCUAAGGGAUCUAACCGGGAGUCACCUUGAUCUGCUCCGCAACCUGCGAAAGUCGUCCAAAGACGCAAUUUUCAAGCGCUACGGCGUUAAUCCAAACCAGCUGCGCAUGUACUUUCACUACCAGCCGUCCUUCUACCACCUUCAUGUGCACAUCAAUCCGGUCCGAAACGAUGCCCCAGGAAUCUGGUGCGAGAAGUCGCACAUGCUGGACACGGUGAUUAACAACCUUGAGCUGCUGCCAGAUUAUUACCAGCGAGCAACAUUGCCUUUCGUUCUGUACGAAGGCAACAAGCUCUUAGACCUCUAUGAGAAGGAGCAAGCAAUUCGAGCGGUGCCAGUAUUGAGCGAUGAAAAUGAGCAAUCUGCAGAGAAAACUACUGAAGACGCAGCUGCAGAUGGUUUUAGCGAUGAUGAAUCGGAGGAAAGGCAGUGCAAGCGCAUCAAACUCGCCACUCCAGAGCCCAAAGAGGCCGAAGCUGCUGUCCAGGCGUGUGCUUAGUCUGCUUUCCAAAGGCUCAAUGUCGAUGAAGUGCAUAAGGGCCCUACCCAAGAAUAGGGUAUUACUUAAAGUGAAGAUAACAUAGAUUAAACCUUAUCAAUAAUUAUCUACAAGUAUGUAUUCUCUCAAAUCAAAAUAAAGUAACUUUUUGAAAUACUAUUUCAAUCUUGCGAUCUUGUAAUCGAAGAAA